AUUGUCAUUCUUUCUCCGCGAUUUCCGUCGUUGCUAUGAGACAGCGAGACGCGCGCGCUGUCAUGGAAACCCAGCAGUGGCGCUCAGACCUUUCGAGAGAGGCAGCCGAGAAAGGAGCGAAGCUUCUGCCUGUUUUCCUUUCCCUAGCUUCUUGCUGCAGAACAGCAGCAAGCUUAUUAGAGGAGAGGAGCUGCUGGAGCCGGACGAAGGGGACGAGGAUUCUAGUUUUGGACUUUGAAUAACCAUGCCUGUUCCAGAUGUUAUGUUCUGUGCACAGCAGAUUCAUGUUCCACCUGAACUGCCAGAUAUUAUGAAACAAUUUACCAAAGCAGCAAUCAGGACCCAACCACGGGAUGUUCUCCAGUGGUCUUAUGGGUAUUUCUAUGCUUUGUCAAGAGGAGAGCCUCUUCCUGUGAAAGACCGUGUUGAAAUGCCAGUAGCCACACAGAAAAAUGACACUGGUUUGACUCCUGGCCUUCUUAAAAUUUUGCAUAAACAGCUGUCUGAAAAGAAAAUUGUGGAUUUACAAGAUCUCCAGAAAAAGUGGAAGAAUUUGUGCUUACCAAUGGAACAACUGUGCAAUCUUCUUCGAUUAGACAACUUCGUAGAUGGAGUAGAAUGGAUGAAGUUUUUUGCCCUUGGCUGUAGUGCUCUUGGCGGAUCCCUGCUCAGUUCAAUGAAGCAUGCCUGUGAAAUUCUGACAAAUGAUCCAGAAGGUGGAGCAGCCCGUAUUCCGUAUGACACUUUUGAAUUUCUCUAUUCCUACUUGGCUAGCUUAGAUGAUGAAAUAACAGAGGAAGUAACCAACUCUUUUCUCAAGGCUCUUAAAGAUCAAGUGGCACGUAAAGAAUAUAUGAUUGGGACUGCAGAUUUCACCACUGUAAAAGUGAAGCCUUAAAACAAGAACAUUUGAGGGUAAUAAAUUUUUAGUACAUAGCAAAAUGUUAUGACAAAUAGCCUAAUAAAAUUAAAGUUUUCAUUAAUAUAAU